AGCCAAUCAGUAGCUCCGACCCGCCGCCGCCUUGCUGGCCCAAGCUCUCAGGCUGAGGUGCCGCCCAUCGACGCGCAACAUCGCUGUGCCUGGGGCGGUCGCUGCGAAUACUAGCAACAGCCUUGACCUUCGCGACGUAGACUGGGGAACAUUCCACGAUUCGAAGAGGGACUUCAUCUACGUUGGUAAAUCUGUUUGACUUUACAAACCGGCACAAUGGCGGAUAGAUACUCGUUCUCUCUCACAACAUUCUCGCCCAGCGGCAAGCUGGUUCAGAUCGAAUAUGCCCUCAACGCCGUCAACCAAGGCGUAACAGCGCUAGGCAUCAAGGCGACAAAUGGCAUCGUCCUGGCCACGGAAAAGAAAUCGUCGUCCCCGCUCGCCGACCCGUCGUCGCUGUCCAAGAUCAGCCUCAUCACGCCCAACAUCGGCAUGGUGUACAGCGGCAUGGGGCCCGACUACCGCGUGCUGGUGGACCGGGCGCGCAAGGUGUCUCACACGGGCUACAAGCGCAUCUACAACGAGUACCCGCCGACGCGGAUCCUGGUGCAGGACGUGGCGCGCGUCAUGCAGGAGGCGACCCAGUCCGGCGGCGUGCGCCCCUACGGCGUGAGCCUGCUGAUCGCCGGGUGGGACGAGGGCAUCCUGCCGGAGGAGGACGACCCGGAGCUGCAGAGCAAGGAGGAAGGGGAGGGCGAGGAGAAGAAGAAGAAGGUGGGCGGCAAGACGGGCGGGAUCCUGAAGGGCGGUCCCAUGCUCUACCAGGUCGACCCGAGCGGGAGUUAUUUCCCGUGGAAGGCGACGGCGAUCGGGAAGAGCGCGACGACGGCCAAGACGUUCCUGGAGAAGCGGUACACGGAGGGACUGGAGCUGGAGGAUGCGGUGCAUAUCGCGCUGCUGACGCUCAAGGAGACGAUUGAGGGGGAGAUGAACGGGGAGACGAUUGAGAUUGGCAUUGUUGGACCCCCUGCAGACCACCUUCUUGGCGUCGAGGGCGUCGAGGGUGCAGUGGGACCCCGGUUCCGGAAGCUCACGCCGCAAGAGAUCGAGGACUACCUUACGAAUCUAUGA